AUAAAUAUUAUUUUUCUCAAGAAUUGUACAGUGAAACAUUAUCUGAAUAUCAUCUGUGAUCACUGUGUAUUCAUAAUGUACGCUUUGGUGGUACUCACGACAUUGGUUGCUUCCAUCCUCAGUUUUACAAGCUCGAAAAAUUGUACAAUUCACAAUUUUACAGAAGUAUCGUCCGUUUUACAACGCUGUUCAGAAAUAACUGUUUUCAAUGUCACCGUUCCUGCUGGGAACACACUGGAAUUCAAUUUGAAGAAGAACUCAGUCGUGACUCUUGAAGGUACCAUCACUUUCCAGUUUCAGGCUUGGAAAGGACCUUUAUUAGAAUUCAAAGGAGACGGAAUCACGGUUAAAGGAACAAAAGGCUCUGUGAUUGAUGGAAGAGGAGAACUCUACUGGGAUCAUUUGGGCGAUAAAGGAUUAACUAAACCUCAAUUAGUUAACAUAGUCGCUUCUAAUGAUUCAGUAUUCCAGAAUCUUCAUUUACGGAACUGCCCAAAUCAUUGUUUUUACAUCAGGAAUAGUGACAACGUUACUAUAUCUGAAAUAGAUAUUGAUGUAUCUGAUGGCAAUAAGAAUAAUUUUACAGGACACAAUACUGAUGGUUUCAACCUUGGUUUUGUGACCAACACGAUCAUAAAAAAUUGCACUGUGAAAAACCAAGACGACUGUGUAUCUAUUAAUGCAGCGUCAAAUAUCUCAAUCAGGAAUAUGGAUUGCUCCGGUGGCCAUGGGUUGAGUAUUUCGGUGACCAGGAAUCCAGUGGAUAAUGUUACGUACAGCGAUAGUAUUGUGAGAAAUUCAGCCAAUGGACUACAUGUCAAAACGCACACUAAUGGCGGAGAAACUGUAAUUAGUAAUAUUACGUAUAAAAACAUCAAAUUGGAAGGUAUAACUAACUUUGGUAUAAACAUACAAGAGGACUACAAAGAUGGAGAAGGUACAGGCAUUCCAGCAAAUAACAUCAAAAUUGUUAAUUUGAUCAUAACAAACAUCACUGGAACUAUGAACGGUAAAGACUCGAAACCGGUGCAAAUAAUUUGUGGGGAUACUGGAUGUGCAAAUUGGCAAUGGUCUGACAUCUACAUCGUAGGCAAUUCGACUCCAAGCUAUUGUAACUAUGCACCUUCCGGAUUUAACUGCUGAAGUAGUUGUCUUUUUAAAAUAAAUUAUUUCUGAACAGAA